AUGCCGAUUUCUAGGAUCGUCAUUGGAUCUCCGGCCGAAGUUGGCCAAGUUGAUGCUCUCAAGGCUGGUCUAGCUGAGUUCAUUUCAAUGCUCAUCUUUGUUUUCGCUGGAGAAGGCUCUGGCAUGGCAUUCAAUAAGCUCACGGAUGAUGGCUCGACGACUCCAGCAGGCCUUGUGGCGGCAUCCCUUGCUCAUGCUUUCGCACUUUUUGUCGCGGUUUCAGUGGGUGCAAACAUUUCCGGUGGACACGUCAACCCGGCAGUCACAUUCGGAGCCUUUGUUGGUGGGCACAUAACACUAUCUCGGAGUGUCUUGUACUGGGUUGCUCAGUUGCUUGGUUCGGUAGUGGCCUGCUUGCUUCUUAAGUUCUCGACCGGGGGAAUGGAAACAUCGGCAUUUUCGCUAUCAUCCGAUGUCAGCGUGUGGAAUGCACUGGUCUUUGAAAUAGUGAUGACAUUCGGCCUCGUCUACACCGUCUAUGCCACUGCCGUUGACCCAAAGAAGGGGAAUAUAGGGAUUGUUGCGCCCAUUGCGAUUGGGUUCAUCGUGGGUGCCAACAUCUUAGCAGGUGGCGCCUUCGAUGGAGCAUCCAUGAACCCAGCAGUCUCAUUCGGGCCAGCUGUCGUGAGCUGGUCUUGGGACAGCCACUGGGUGUACUGGCUCGGCCCCUUCGUCGGCGCUGGCAUUGCUGCAGUUGUCUACGACACCUUCUUCAUCAACCAAAGCACACAUGAGCAGCUCCCAUCAGCAGAUUUUUAAAGUAAAUUACUUUCAGUUCAAGCAGUGAAAAGUGGUCUGGAGGUCAUUGGGGUUCCAUUAGUUGUGUUCUGGGUGUCAUUUGUACGUAUCUUUCUAUCGUCAAGUGUACCUUUCAUGUGAAGUCCUUUUUUUGUUUUUGGUCCAGCUAGUCCACUUCCUGUUCAGUUGAGAAGUCACAGGAUCGAACGACCACCUAUUUUCAUGAAUUUAUGGACUCUUUAACAACUCCGCUGGUAUUAUAACAAAAGUUGCAAGAUAUUCAAAAUAACGGGGCCAAGCCGCUACUCUCAUGUGACACCAUUCUUUAAACAAAAGAAAUGACAGAUGAAAACAAGAACGCCAUCAGAUAAACAUCAAAUGGAUCAGGUACAUAGAUUCCCUAGUGUUUUUGCUUUGGCCUCAACUUUCAACCAAAAGUCAAUGCUAUAUCAAAUAAGCUCUUCAAAAUGCAAUUGAGGCUGCAAAAAAUUUCAGGCCCCAAAGGAGAGACCUCUCGAAAGACUACAGUGUCAAAAGUUAGGUGUGCUGGCUUACAACAACCAUUCUAUAUCUACUGCAUUUUCCCAUUCUAAUACUCCAUCUAAGAGUUAAAACAGCAAAUUACACUCUGAUAAGUAAGUUCAUUAUUCAAGAAAGCAGGGAAUAAUUAAUUAGUACAACACAAACCUUCACAUACAUCAUCAGUUAUAGUUAUAUCAGUGUGUCUACUUCAUCACUGAUUCAGGAUAAAUACAGGCAUUUGAGUUUCCCUGAAGAAGAAACUAAAG